CGCAUGCUCAGAGGAUGCAGCAAAGAUGGCGGACAAUGCACAAGCUGCAGUCCCUAAUUCUGUUCAAAGUAAAACGAAUAUUAGCGCCGCUUCAAACACCCAGCCAUCAACAAGUCAACCUGUAUCUUCUAGCACAAGCACAGCAACUACAUCUCAUGUCGAUACUAAAGUCAGAAACGCCGGGGCUUCUCUGGCAGAGUUUUUAACGCAGCUCGAAGAUUACACGCCAACGAUACCAGAUGCCGUCACAGCAUUUUAUUUAAAUCGUUCAGGAUUUGACUCAACAGACCCACGAGUGGUGAGGAUGAUUUCUCUUGCUGCCCAAAAAUUUGUAUCUGACAUUGCUAAUGAUGCUCUGCAGCAUUGUAAAAUGAGAGGUUCAGGCCAAAGCUCAAGGAAAUCUGGCAAGGACAAGCGUUACACACUCACCAUGGAGGACUUGACUCCAGCGCUCAGUGAAUAUGGAAUAACUGUCAGAAAACCUCCAUACUUUAUUUGACACAACUUUAUAUGAUUAUUGUAAAUAGUAAUAAUUCUUUAAGAAAAGUUCUGUAGAAAUUUUCGCAUUAAAAUGACUUAAAUUUUGGCAAUGAAUAAUGUAUUGGGUUAUUUAUUUGAUUUUGUAAAGUAGUACGGUUUGAAUAAUCAUUUAUUUCUUAGAAAUUAUUCACUUCCAAUCAGUACACAAGAUUGAGGAGAUCUGACAAUACUAUUGUAAGGCUACUAGCAUUUGCACCUGUAGAUUGUCAGUUGCAACUGUUCAGUUAGCCCUUGGAGAAGGUGUGGUGCUCACGUAAUCAGGCUCCUGGUAAUAGCAGAGUGCAAGUUGAAGUGGAGUGACUUAUGCAGUGAAUAUUUACUUUCAAGAAUGAGAACUUGCUACACAUGUUACUGUACCAAGUUCAUUCCACUAAAAGGCUCUUUGAACAACAUUUUUGAAUUCCUACCAAACCCAUACUUGGCAAAUCAGAUGACUGAAAAGAAAGAAAAAAGUCAAACUGUGAAUACUUAUUUUCGCAUCAAAAACUCAGAGCCAAUGGUUAGAGAAUACCUUACUGCAAAAUUCACAUUUAUUUGAAAGCUAUGGCAUUAUAAAGACACAUUCCUCCUAAAAGAUUUUCUGUGCAACUCUUGUAUGAACUGUCAUGAUACUAAGGUUGACUUCCCUCUCUGAUCUUAACAUAGCCUCUUACGAAGAUACUCUUUGAGCUCAUCACGCAAUCUUGUCUGUGAGGUGGGAAGAUUGCGGCCUGGAGGCUAAACAAAGUAGAUGAAAUCAAAGCCAUAUUUUUCCUUCAUGUUUUCAGGAAUUUUUAUUGUGCAUUUUCUAAAAAAAUAUUCUAGUUCAAGAUAAUUAUUACAAAAUAAUGUCUCCUCCAUUUUCACUGAGAGUUUGAGGCUCGAGCAAAUCUAACAAGACUAACAACAUAAUAAACUUAUUCAUCUGUACAGCAAUAUGAUUCAUCUUCUUUUCCCAUGUAAGUCUUGCAA